CUUCCUUUUGUUCCACAGUCCACACGAUGCCACAGGGCAAUUUAGAUACCCUUGUCUACGCCUGUGCCGGUGGCUCUCACGACAACAAAAUCGUCUGCGAGAGUUUAGCAGCCACCGAAAGUGUCACAGACGGCAACGACGACCACCUUCUCUCCGUCGAGAAACCCGUAGAAGAAGAAAUCGCUCCAGAAUCGUUUUGGUUAUCCAAAGACGCCGAGUUCGACUGGUUCGAUCGCAACGCCUUUUACGAACGGAAAGAGUCGCAUAAAGGUAACUCGGCCCCCAACUCAACAAACCUUAACCCGAGUCUGAACUCGAACACAAAUUCCCAACGCUUUUCUUUGAGGAAGUCCAAAGCCUCCAUCAUCGGGUUACCGAAACCGCAGAAACCUUGCUAUGUUGAACCGAAGAACAGGAAGAUUACUAAGCCUGGGAACACCCGAUUAUUUCCCAAACGAUCAGGCUCUGUUAAAUCGGACCGACCGCUUGUUGAACCGUCUUCUCCUAAGGUUUCAUGUAUUGGGAGAGUGAGAUCCAAGCGUGACCGGAAAAAGAGGGAACAGAAACCGACCGGAGUUGAAACAGUUAAUGAGAAAACGACAGGGAAAAGAACCAGCUUAUUUUCAAGCUUUCGUUCAAUUUUCCGGCACAAAUCCAAUGGGAAAGCAAGUGAAGCACACGCGCCGGCAGUAGGGAACAGGGACAUCAGGUCACGUUUGCCGCCUGAUGACAAUGAGGCAAUAUCGAUAGAGCCUGAAACUAUGGAGAUCAACGUAGUUGCUGAGCCGCACCUUGAACCGGUGAGUUUAGGUGGAAUGAAACGGUUCGCGUCGGGUAGGAGAUCGGAGCCGUUAAUUUAAGCGCCUCAAGAAAUUGUUUUCCGCGGGUUUGAUUGAUGGACUGAUUUGUC